AUGGUCCAUUUCAGCCCACUUGCAGAGAGGCAAAUUCGCCUCCUUGAAUUACAUUCUGGAGGGGGUGACGAGGAGAUUCGGUGUGACAUCCAUAUCCACUCUCUCGAUGAUUGUCCUCCAUAUGAAGCCAUUUCUUAUACGUGGGGAGAUCCGUAUGAAGGAUACUCAAAGAGGAAAGGUAGAACGAAAGCAGGAGAUGCACGGAUCAAAGUUGGAAAUGCCCCCCUCGACAUUGGUGAAAGCCUCUAUGACGCCUUCAAAUGGCUGCGGUACCCAUCCUGCAAUGCGACAGUACGCAGAUACCACAGCACUUUCAUCGAUGUUAAUGAUAACCGCGAUGGCGUGGUGAGGAAAGACCCUGGUGAUGUUUUCAGCCAGUUCAAGGGAAGAUCGCGAUUUAUAUGGGCUGACCGCAUCUGUAUCAAUCAAGAUGACAAACAAGAGAAGUCUCAUCAGCUUAAGCUCAUGGGUGAUAUCUAUAGAAGGUGUGCUAAGGGAAUCAUUUGGCUUGGAGAACCCACAGAGCUUACUGAAAGGGCGUUCGUGGCAGCGUACUGGCUUUGCAGUGUGGCAUAUCACCAAGAGAACCUGGGGGAUAAGCACGAUCUCGUGAUUGAUAGCGAUGGGGGUCCGAGAAGUGGUCAAGGGACACCGAGUUUCAUGACAAUGAUACAGUUGGACGACGCCGGAGUAAAAUGGACAAUAUGUCAAUGUUGGAAAGCACUCACAGCGCUCACCCAACGGGCAUGGUUCACACGCGCAUGGGUGGUGCAAGAAGCAACAUUGCCACCAGAUGUCCGCAUUGUCUGUGGUGGCUAUUCAAUACCCUGGAGCGAGCUCGUUCGCGCGCUGAACUUUGUCCCUUCCAUUCCAAUCAGACCUCUCGCUGGGGUUCCGCUCCCCAGUCACAUGGCUGUGGUCGAGAAGCUUCGACAAGAGGUGCCCGCUGGAAAGUCGACUCUGUUGAAUAUUCUCCUUCGCAACAACAAUUGUGAUGCUACAGUGUUAGUUGACAGAAUCUAUGCCUUUUGCGGCCUUGUCGACGAGUCCGAACUCCAAGAUCUAGAGCUGCAGAGCUUUGACUAUCCAGAGCAAAACCCCAAGUGGAGUGAUGAAGAAAGAAAGAUCAAAUCGGAAACUAUAUACAGAGAGGUUUGCAAGAAGCUUUCAGUGAAUAUGCUCAGAAGAUCUGGGAACCUGGACCUUCUUAGCGGUCCCGUUGGUAACGUGGAAGGCCGAUAUGACUGGCCAUCUUGGAUUCCAGAUUGGGCCGCAAGCCAACGCCCAGGCUGCUUGCUACUGAACCAGCGCCACUUUCGGGCCUCGAAAGAUACCAAAACAACUGGAAGCAUUGAGUUCCAACACCAGGGUACUGUGAUGGGCGUAGAAGGCUUUGUGUUCGAUCGGAUCGAGGAAGUAAGCGACACCGCAGACCGACGACCACCAAGCACGUGGACAUUUCAGCACUACAAACAAUACAGAAAACGAAUGGAAACCAUGGUGGAAUUCUUACAAUGUUGCCUCAGAUGGGAAGAGAUUACCAAAGCCCGUGUAAAAGCCAAAUAUGUGGGCGGAGGAGACAUGUUGGACGCCUAUUGGCAGACCCUCCUUGCUGGUCAUGUCACACCAGAGAACCAUGAGAGUCAGAAAAAGCAGUUCCAGAGGUUUGAUAUGAUCUCUAAAGAUGGUGCCAAAAUACUCCAGUCCUGGGGACUGCCAGCUUGGCCAUGGAUCUUGUUCCUAACACCACACAAUCUUGCUGUGCUUCUUGUUCGAGCGAUGAUGACAAAGCGUGACUUUUCGGGGCUAUUGCGUAUUGGAGAUUUUACAUCAAAUCCUAAUUUUUCCUAUGUGUGGAAUCGACAUGUCAUUCGGACAUCGAUGGGAUACAUUGGGCUUUCCCCUGCGUCCGCUCGAAAAGGUGAUGCGAUAACGCUCUGCAAAGGAGCCAAAGUACCUCUGAUAGCCAGAGAAGCGAAGGACUCGCAAGGACAUUGGUCUCUUGUUGGCGAAGCAUACAUCCAUGGGAUCAUGUCAGGGUGUGUCUGGGAUGAGAACAAAUGUACUAAGAUGUGGUUUGUGUAA